CGCCCAGGCAAUGUAACCAACCACCCAAUGCCAAUGCCUGAAUGCCAUGUCCGGCCGGCUGAACGAAAGCAAGGUGCUCGAUGAAACGGCUCAACACGGGUUGAUCGCGUCCAGACAGAUCCCCUGUAAUGGCGUCCAGGCAAUGGCAUCGAUCGGUCAUUCAUGGCAAUGCUUUCACUUGUUGGCAACACUGACUCGAUCGGUGCAUCCUCGCGUGAACCUCUCCAGGCUGCCAGCCUGCCAGUGCUCCCACCCAGAGAGGGAGAUGUGGAUGCUGCACCGUGACAAGACGGACAGGGCAGCCUGAUAGGGACGUCCACUGAUGAUUGCUCUCUCCGUCAGGGAGGUCGUUGCCAAAACGGGCAGGGCAAAAAAAUCUUCCGAAACGGAUGGCUGAAACAGGAGUGCCUAACACAUCCAUUGUCCAUUUCCAUCUCUGCAUUGCGCGUCGCGCGCCCACCCCGGCGCCCCGCCCGUCGCGGCCAGCCGGAAGAGCAGAGCGAGAGCGACAUGGGCACGCUCUCGCCGCCGCCGCCGCGUGCCGUCUCGCUCCUCGUCCUCGUCGCCGUCCUGUUCACGUCGACGGGGGCCGUGACGGCGGCCACCGCUACCGCUCCCCACGUCCGGCGCCGCUACGACGCCAUCUUCAGCCUGGGCGACUCGUACGCGGACACGGGCAACGGCCCCGUCGUCUUCGGCUGGCAUGCCAUCGCCAACCCCGUCAUGCGGCCGCCCUACGGCUCCACCUUCUUCGGCCGCCCCACUGGACGCAACUGCGACGGCCGCCUUGCCAUCGACUUCCUCGCCGAGAGCCUGGGCCUGCCGCUCGUCCCGCCUUUCCUGGCGCGCAAUGGAUCCGCCACCAGCUUCCGCCGCGGCGCCAACUUCGCCGUCGGCGGCGCCCCCGCCAUCGACACCACCUUCUUCCACCGCUGGGAUCCACCCGGCGGCAGCGUGUUCCCGCUCAACACCAGCCUAGGCGUGCAGCUGCAGUGGUUCGAGUCGCUCAAGCCCUCGCUCUGCGCCACACCCAAAGGUUGCAAGGAGUUGUUCGGCAGAUCGCUCUUCUUCGUCGGCCCGUUCGGGGCCAACGACUACCUCCUCUCCUUGGCCGCGAAGAGCGUCGACGAGGUCAGAUCGUUCGUCCCGGACGUCGUGGGGACCAUCUCCAUGGCCGUCGAGAGGCUGAUAAUCCAUCACGGGGCGACGACGCUGGUGGUUCCCGGCGUGAUCCCGGUGGGAUGCGCGCCGCCGGUGCUCGUCACGUUCGCCGACCCAGACCCGGCGGCCUACGACGCCCGGACAGGCUGCCUCAAAGCGAUCAACGGCAUCGCCGCCCGCCACAACGCGCUGCUCCAGGAGGCCCUGCGCGAGCUCCGGGACAAGCACCGGCCGGCCGGCGUCACCAUCAUCUACGCCGACUUCUUCGGGCCCGUCAUCGACAUGGUCACGUCUCCUGCUAAAUUCGGGUUUGAAGGAGAUGUUCUUACGCUCUGCUGUGGAGGGCCGGGGAGGUUCAACUACAACAAGCAGGUUUUCUGCGGCGAUCGAGGCGCGGUCAAGUGCAGGGACCCGUCUGCUCGCUUGUUCUGGGACGGCGUCCACCUGACGGAGGCGGCCUACCGGUACAUCGCCGCCGGCUGGCUGAACAGGAUAAAGUCGCCGGGAAGUGAUGGCGGGGGUACCAACAGGACGACGGCCGCAACUGCAACCGUGGAGUCCUCGUGCUAACGAGCGGUGAAAGCAGCAACCGAAAGCAUAAAGUUAGGGCAUGAAUGUGAGGAGUAGCAUAUGACACUAGCUUUCAACCUCCGUGAUAGAGACCCAUGAAAGAUGACUACGUGUAAGGCGGUUAGUUCAUGGACGCAGUGAUGCUCCUUGGCUUCUUGCUGUGAGUAAACCAGAUUUAGAUUUGUGACAAUCGCAUGGAAAGUUGAGGGCUUGAGGCAAAUGUUUGUGA